CCCCCCCCCCCUCACAGUGUUUUCACCUGCACUCUAUCUGGUUAGUUUGGGACUUUCCACGCCUCUUCCUCAUAAAAGACACGGAGAUAUAUCUGCGGGCCACACUGAGCUCGCGCUUCAUCCCGUCACUACUCGGAGUUCACAAAACCCGCCACUGAGAGAAUGGACUCCGCUGCUAUACUGCUGCUGCUCACCGUGACCGCCUCAGCUCUGCUCCAAGUGCUGGGGACAGAGGGUGUGGCUGCCCUGUACGGAGAGACGAUUGUUGUCCCCUGCAACGAUGGAACUCCAGCUCCGGAGAAGCUGAUAUUCGUCAAGUGGAAAUACGAAAAAGAUGAUGGCACUGCUGGAGAUCUGCUGAUCAAACAGGCAAGCAGCAGCGAGGCCACGCUCCAGGCCACAGACCAGUACGCCGAGCGGGUCAGCAUCGACGACAAGUGGAGCCUGCGCAUCACACAGGCCUCGCUCAGAGACCAGAAGACCUUCACCUGCAUGGUGGUGUCAGGUGAAAACGUCAAGGAGUACCCCGUCACUGUCAGCGUGAACAAAAAGCCGUCUCCGGUUCAGAUCAUGGACCGCUCUGCUGCUCUGCAGAAGGACAAAGCGACUACAGUGGGCACAUGUGUCGCAGCAGAUGCAAACCCUGCAGCUACGAUUACAUGGAGGAAGAACGGAAAGCCCUUGGUAGCCGAUGGGAAAACCAUUCUGGUCACUCCCAGCAUGAAGCUGGAUCCAGCCACAGGCCUCUCCACCACCUCCUCCACCCUCCAGUAUGCUGCUUCCAAAGAGGACAAUGUGUCCGUCUUCUCUUGCAUGUCCACACACAUGCUGGCCAAUCAGGAGGCUGAGCUGGAACCCUUUCCCAUUCACUAUCCAUCAGAGAAGGUGAGCCUCCAAGUUCUGUCCAAGGGGCCGAUCGUAGAAGGAGAUAACGUGACGUUGAAGUGUCACGCUGAUGGAACCCCCCCCCCCAGCUCCUUCUUCUUCUACAUGAAGGGCCAGAAAGUGCUGGUGGAAAACUCGGACACCUACACGCUGGCGUCGAUCGGCAGAGAGGCGGGGGGGGAAUACAAAUGCUCCCUGGCUGACAAUGAGAAAAUGGAGUCCUCCCAAAGCCUUGUGGUUAGCUACCUGGACCUGAGUGUGACCCCCACUGGGAGAGUGGUGAAGGCGAUAGGGGAUAGCUUUUCAGUGAAGGUGGAGAAGAGCGCCUCGGGUGAUGCUACAGUGUCCUGGGCUAAGAACGGAAUGGAAGUGACGCAGCCGGAGUUCAGCAGGCUGACGUAUGCUGAUGCAGGAGUGUAUGUGUGUGAGCUCUCCAUGCCCGGCCUCACGCGACAUAGCAGCUUUGAGUUGAUGGUAGAAGGAAAGCCAGCCAUCACCGGCCUGAGCAAACACCGCCCUGAUAGUGCCAAAUUCAAAGUUCUGACCUGCGAGGCGACGGGAGUUCCAGAACCCAGCUUCCACUGGAGCGUCAACAGCACAAACGAAGAGAGUUCUUACGUCAACGGCAAGGCCACCCAUAAAAUCCGUGUGAUCCCCAGGCUGAAUCUGACCGUCACCUGCAGUGUCAGCAACCGGCUGGGAGACGACACCCGGACCAUCAACGUUUCCUCUGUUUUUAAGGAGGAGAAGGACAACAUGGGCUCGCAGGAAGAAUCGGAGGACCAGUCCAAGCUCAUAGUGGGGGUGGUGGCAGGGCUCCUCAUAGCUACUGCUGUGGUGGGACUCAUCUACUGGCUCUACAUGAAGAACUCCAGACAAGGAAGCUGGAAAACUGGAGAGAAGGAGGUGGGAACAUCAGAGGAGAGCAAGAAGCUGGAGGAGAACCACCAUAGUGUUUAAAGGCUCUGCUACAGGGGCUGACAGCAGUUGAAGCAGCUGCAGUAAAAGGACCAGACUCGCUCCGUCAGCAUCCCCCCCCCCCUGUUCCUGUGUGCACUGAAGCUCUGCUCAGUUACUGUUCUUUGGUGUUCCUGGUGAAUGUUCCAUGUUCUGUGAUGUUUUUACGCUCAGUUUGUUUGCUCGUUCUUGAAAGAAUGUCAAUGCCUGUUCAACAAACUUUGAUUUUAAAUAUGCCCUGUCUGAGCACGCUAAUGUUUUUCCCUAGUUUUUGCUUGUGUGCGCUGUGUGGAAACUCACUUUACCGUCCCCAGACUUUAGGAAGAGCUCCACAUGCCUCACAAACUGUCCUUUAUUAAUCUGAACGUGCUGUGUGUGCUUUUAUACAUUCAGAUGAUUGCAAUGUGACCACAAAAAGAAAAGCAUCACUUUGUGAAGAUGUAAAUUGGACAUAACAUUGUUUUGCAUUAUGGCACACUCAUAAUUACAUACAUAACCCCGCCCCCCCCCUCCAUAUUUUGAAUUAUUUUCUAUUGCAAAUACUUUGAAAAGGCAUAAGUCCUCACACUACAUAUUGCUUUUGCCUUCUAUUUUGAAACUCAUGCUAAAGGACUUGCCCCCGAGAAGUCAUUGUCUCUGUGUCUCUGCAGCUCCUUCCCUACUGUCUCUUCUCUUCGCUUGGUGCCAGGUCUGAAUCUGUUUUAAUGUUUAUAUGUAUUUAUAUUCUGUGUGCAACCAUUCCUGGUUACUGCAUCUUCAAAGAAAAACAUAUUCAGCCUGCGUGUAAAGCAUCAUGUGGACCGGUACCUGUGGACCUGGUUAGUCAGUGUCUGUGCUCAUUCUCUGCUGUAUCAUUGUUAUUGUUGAUAAUAUUGCUGUGUCAUAUUUAUCUCUCUGGUGUGAGAGACAACUGAAGACUGUGGUGGAGAUAGUCAGACUAGAUGAGGUAGUUCUCUGAGUUUGCAUCAUUUUGAUAUGGUACAUCCCACAAUGCAACAGCCCAGUGUCCUUGAUAACAGAAACAGAAAUCAAAGUUGACCCCUAUAGUUCAGUUCUUAGUUGUUCAGGUCAUGAAUACAUAAACAUAUGUAUGAUUGAAGACAAAAGAAGCCUUACCUUCUCACUUCCUGUGUUCAUAUUUCUGGUGUCGUGGGUAAUGAUCAAUUUCCAAUGGUCCAAUUAAUGAUAUGUUUGACCCACCGUAUUGAACAGUGUUUUUAGACUGCAUGACCUUUAGCACCUGGCAAGAAACAACUGGUAUUUCAAAGGACCAGGGUCCAAUUUUCCGUUCAGGGCUACUGUAGAAGCGUGCGCUAGAACAUGUUGGAUCUGAGGAAGAGGACCCGAUAAGGGCGGCUCAUUCUAACACUAGGUGACUGUACACCAAUGAAAGCCCAGGUAUGAAAAUGAUAUUCUAUGGUUUCUGAAGAACUGAUUGGCUGAUCAUUAAACACUGGAUGUUGGAAGGAAACCUGCUCUGUCGAUUUGAUCUAAAUGUCUCUCAGAUGCCAGUUUUCCAAUCUGAAGCAAAGAGAUGACGUGCCAUUCUCUUUUCAACAGUAUGUAGAAACUUUGCAUCACCUUCAGAAUGACCAGUGUGCUGAUGUGGUGGGAUGGUUGCCCAGCCAAAUGAAAGCAGUAGAUAAACAUUUUUAGCACCUGGUCCUUUAUUUUCUCAUGCUUUUUAUGCUUUUCAAAUAAUCAGGUCAGCAGUGAAACCAAAGAUGGACCUAUCAGGAGGCCAUAGUAGAGUUGUAAAUACAGACUUUUGUUUUUGUACUGAUGUUGACAAUAAAGUGUACAUUUUCAAACAAAA